CCCGUCGUAUUCAAGUCUUCGAUAGCAACGGGGACGGGGAGAAAUUUCUUCCUGUAGAUGGUUGAGGCGGUAUUCGAGGUGGCGGUCGCAGAAACCGACUCCGCUGGUCUUCCCUCUCCAUCUCCCCCUUCUCGUCUUCCUCCUCCGGCGAAGGCCGAGAUGGCGAUCGCCCUUCCUGAAGGUCCCGAUGGCAACCCUAUCCCCGGUUCCGACCCCAAUCCUUCGUGGUUCACGCCCAAGAGAUUGCUUGUGAUAUUUUGCAUAAUCAACAUGUUGAAUUAUGUGGAUCGGGGUGCAAUAGCAAGUAAUGGUGUAAAUGGUAGUCGCAAGACCUGCACAGAUAGUGGCACAUGCACUUCGGGUACCGGAAUUCAAGGAGACUUCAACCUGAAUUACUUUGAAGAUGGUGUACUUUCAUCAGCAUUCAUGGUUGGGCUACUAGUGGCUUCCCCAAUAUUUGCAUCCUUAGCAAAGAGCCACAAUCCUUUUAGGUUAAUUGGAGUAGGGCUGUUAGUUUGGACUAUUGCUACUGCUGGUUGUGGUUGUGCAUUUGAUUUCUGGUCAAUUACGAUAUGCCGCAUGUUGGUUGGUGUUGGUGAGGCUUCUUUCAUUAGUCUUGCAGCUCCAUUUAUAGAUGACAAUGCACCUGUUUCUCAGAAAACAGCAUGGCUUGCAGUCUUCUACAUGUGUAUACCUACAGGCAUUGCCAUUGGCUAUGUAUAUGGUGGGCUGGUUGGUAACCAUCUUCAUUGGCGUGCUGCAUUCUGGGGGGAGUCAAUCUUGAUGCUUCCAUUUGCUAUUUUAGGCUUCAUUAUAAAGCCUCUGCAGCUGAAAGGUUUUACAGCAUCUCUAUCAGAAAAAGCAGAGACUAGUGAUGAAAUAAUUGUCCAAGAUGGUGAUGAACAUAAUGCCAAAAGUGAGUUGCAAGCUACUGAUGAGGAUGUGUCUGCAAAAGCACCACAUAGAUUCUCCUCGAUUGUGAGUCAAGUUUCAAGGUUUUGGAAAGAUAUGAAAGUGCUUCUGUUAGAGAAGGUUUAUGUCAUAAAUGUUCUAGGUUAUAUUGCAUACAAUUUUGUUAUUGGAGCUUAUUCCUACUGGGGUCCGAAAGCUGGUUAUGAUAUCUACCAUAUGAGCAAUGCUGACUUGAUGUUUGGAGGAAUCACAAUUGUUUGUGGGAUUGUUGGAACUCUAGCUGGUGGAUUUGUUCUUGAUCUCAUGGAUUCUACAAUCUCAAAUGCUUUUAAGCUUCUUUCUGGUGCAACCUUUCUGGGGGCUAUUUUUUGUUUUAGUGCUUUUUGCUUCAGAAGCCUCUAUGGUUUUAUACCUUUCUUUGCGGUUGGAGAAAUUCUUGUCUUUGCUACACAGGGUCCAGUAAAUUAUAUAUGCCUUCACUGUGUCAAACCUAGCUUGAGGCCACUAUCAAUGGCUAUGUCUACUGUCUCUAUUCACAUAUUUGGGGAUGUUCCAUCCUCACCCCUGGUUGGCGUUCUGCAGGACUACAUCAACAACUGGAGAGAAAGUGCUCUCAUACUGACAUCAAUCCUGUUUGUUGCGGCAGCAAUAUGGUUUAUAGGUAUCUUUCUUAAAAGCGUAGACCGCUUUAAUGAAGAUAGCGAACAAGGUGUUCCAUCUGUUGAGCGGUCAAAUCGGAGGCCACUACUUGAUGUUAAUGUCGAGACAUCAGAAGAGUCCUCCUAAGACUCAAAAAAGUGUUGGGCAAAUUGCUCUACAGCUUGUUGCUUUGGACGGGUAUACAGACGAAGGCAUUUCUGUUCUCAAUCAGUGUGGAGAUAAAAUCACUCUAUCUCUUAUUAUCAUUUUCCUUAAGUGUUUGUUACAUCUGUGUAUAUCAUUACUUUAAUUCCACACAGGCGGUUUAUUUGUGUAGAUAUUUCUUCCACAAGGUUUUUACAGUUUGUUGAUCACACUGAUAUAGUGCAAUCCAAGGAUCAAAAGUGGGCUUUCACUCGA